AAAUCCCACGGCACAAAUUAAAAAUCGAACCGGUAGAAGCCAAACCAAAUCUUUGUUUUUUCUGCACUUCGUUCCCCCCCCUCCUUUCAUCUAAAAAAACGCUCGCUCCCCUACUCCACCUGCUUCCUCCGCUUCCCUUCAUCCCCACUCCACCAAACCCUCGGCGUCGGGGGAGCAGAGCAGAGCAGAGCACAGCACAGCGGAGCAGGAGGUGGCGAGCGGAAGCAAUGGCCAAUGAGUGGCGGUGGUAGCACCCUCCUCGCCUUUUCUCCCCCGCCCUCUCGCCCUCAGGUUGGUGCAGCGGGUGGGAGUGGGGGAACUCGCGCUGCCCCCGUCGCUUCACGGGCACGCCUCCCUCGCCCGGAUCUGGGCCGCGCGCGCGAGAUCCUGAGCUCCGGGUGACGGCGAUGGAGCCCGCGGCGGCUGCGGCUGGAGAAGGGCAGCGGUUCAAGCGGAUUCCGCGGCAGGCGUGGUCGGGGAACCUGGAGCUGGAUCCACUGCUCAAUGAAAACUUAGAUCAGUGGCCACAUCUAAAUGAACUGGUACAGUGCUACAAGGCUGAUUUUGUGAAGGAUGACGGCAAGUAUGGACGAUACGAGAGUGUUGCACCACCAUCUUUCCAGAAUCAAAUUUUUGAGGGACCUGAUACUGACAUAGAAACAGAGUUGCAGCUUGGCAACGAUAGGCAUUCCAAGCCUGAGGAUGCUACUGAAGAUGAUACGCCAAGCACCUCAGGGAGGCAAAUAUAUGAAACCGAACCAUCUGCUUCAUCGUCAAAAGUGCACUGUAGUCUGUCACCACUGCCAGCAUAUGAGCCUGCAUUUGAUUGGGAGAAUGAGAGAUCUUUGAUAUUUGGCCAAAGGGUUCCAGAAAGUCUCCCUGCAAUUAGCAACAGUGGCUUGAAGAUAACUGUGAAGGUACUAUCUUUGUCAUUCCAAGCUGGAUUAGUUGAGCCUUUCAGUGGAACGAUUUGCUUGUACAACAGAGAUAGAAGGGAAAAACUGUCAGAAGACUUCUAUUUUCACCUACUUCCAACAGAUAUGCUGGAUUCUCAGAUUUCCUUGGAUCGCCGAGGUGUUUUCUCAUUGGAUGCCCCUUCACCAUCAGUCUGCCUUUUGAUUCAAUUAGAAAAGGCUGCUACUGAAGAAGGGGGAGUAACACCUUCUGUUUAUUCUCGUAAAGAGCCUGUGCACUUAACUGACAAAGAGAAGCAAAAACUGCAAGUCUGGUCUCGAAUCAUGCCUUAUAAAGAGUCAUUUGCAUGGGCUAUGAUCCCUCUGUUUGAAGGUAACCAUGCUGGUGGUCUUGGUGAUGCUGCUUCUCCUAGCAGUCCUUUAGCACCGAGUAUAUCAGGAUCAAGUUCUCAAGAUAGUAUUGUGGACCCUAUUUCAAAGCUUACUUUAGAUGGAAAACUCAACCAUUACUCAAGUGGAAGCUCAGUUAUUGUAGAGAUAUCAAACUUAAACAAAGUGAAGGAAAGCUAUAUAGAGGACUCCCUCCAUGAUCCAAAACGGAAAGUACAUAAACCGGUGAAAGGUGUAUUGAGACUAGAAGUGGAAAAACUUCAUGACGGCCACAAUGAUGUGGAUAAUGUUUCUGAAGGCGGAAGCAUGGCCAAUGAUUUGAAAGAUGGUGACCUCAAUAAUGGCAGAUGCAGCAGGAGUAGCUUUGAUGGGCUCCGCACUUCUUUGAAUUCUAGUGCUGCUGCCCAGAAAUAUGCUCAUCACAAUGGUAAAACUUCUAGUGCUGAUAACGGUGACAAUUUUCAGGCUUUUGACUUUCGGACGAUGACCCGAAGUGAACCAUUUUCACAACUUUUUCAUUGCCUCUAUGUGUACCCAUUGACUGUUAGCUUGAGCCGCAAACGAAACCUAUUUAUAAGAGUGGAACUAAGAAAGGAUGAUUCUGAUAUCCGUAAGCCUCCAUUGGAGGCUGUUCAUCCAAGGGAGCGGAACACAAUGUUACAGAAGUGGGGCCAUACACAGAUCGCCGUUGGAACAAGAAUGGCUUCCUACCAUGAUGAAGUUAAAAUCAGUCUGCCUGCUCUUUUGACACCCCAACACCAUCUUGUGUUCACUUUUUUCCAUGUAGAUCUCCAAAUGAAACUUGAGGCACCAAAACCAGUGAUUGUUGGGUAUUCAGUACUUCCGUUGUCGACACAUAUUCAGUUACUUUCGGAUGUAUCCUUGCCAAUUUUGAGAGAGCUCGUCCCACAUUACCUGCAGGAAAGUGGAAAGGAGAGAAUGGACUACCUGGAGGAUGGAAAAACUGUUUUCAGGUUGCGUUUAAGGCUCUGCUCGUCAUUGUUUCCAGUUAAUGAAAGGAUAAGAGACUUUUUUGUUGAGUAUGACCGUCAUACUCUACAUACAAGCCCCCCUUGGGGUUCUGAGCUUCUCGAGGCCAUAAAUAGUUUGAAGAACGUCGAAUCUACGGCAUUGUUACAAUUUCUGCAACCGAUACUUAAUAUGUUGCUCCAUCUUAUUGGUGAUGGCGGUGAGACCCUUCAGGUUGCUGCAUUUCGAGCCAUGGUUAACAUUUUAACCCGGGUGCAGCAGGAGUCAUCAGACGGGGCUGAGAGAAAUAGGUUUCUUAUUAACUAUGUUGAUUUUGCUUUCGAUGACUUUGGUGAUCGGCAAGCACCUGUGUAUCCUGGUCUAUCUACUGUUUGGGGAAGUCUUGCUCGGAGUAAGGCUAAAGGUUAUAGAGUUGGUCCUGUAUAUGAUGAUGUAUUGGCAAUGGCUUGGUUUUUUCUGGAGCUUAUUGUAAAGUCAAUGGGCUUGGAACAAAGUCGUCUCUUCUACCACAACCUUCCAUUAGGUGAAGAUGUUCCACCUCUACAAUUGAAAGAAGGUGUUUUCAGGUGCAUCAUGCAACUUUUUGAUUGCCUUCUAACCGAGGUUCAUGAGCGCUGUAAAAAAGGUUUAAGCUUGGCAAAGCGCUUGAACAGCACGCUUGCUUUCUUUUGCUACGAUCUUUUAUCAAUUAUUGAGCCUCGCCAAGUUUUUGAGCUGGUUUCGUUGUAUAUGGACAAGUUUGCCGGAGUUUGUCAGUCAGUCCUCCAUGACUGCAAAUUGACAUUCCUGCAGAUAAUAUGUGACCAUGAUCUAUUUGUUGAGAUGCCUGGGCGGGACCCCUCUGAUAGAAACUAUCUGUCGUCAGUUCUUAUUCAAGAGAUCUUUCUCACCUUGGACCAUGAUGAUUUGUCUCAACGAGCAAAGGCUGCUCGAAUUUUAGUAGUCCUUUUAUGCAAGCAUGAAUUUGAUGCACGUUAUCAAAAAAGUGAAGACAAGCUGUACAUUGCUCAGUUGUAUUUUCCUCUUAUAGGGCAGAUCCUUGAUGAGAUGCCUGUUUUCUAUAAUCUGAAUGCUGUUGAAAAGCGUGAGGUGCUAGUUGUCAUUUUGCAAAUCAUAAGGAACUUGGAUGAUGCAACUCUUAUCAAAGCAUGGCAACAGAGCAUUGCUAGAACCAGAUUGUUCUUCAAACUUCUUGAAGAGUGUAUAACCCAUUUUGAGCACAACAAAACCGGAGACAGCAUGCUACUUGGUGCUAGUUCUCGGAGCCCUGAAGUUGAGCGUCCUGCGUCCCCAAAGUACUCGGAGCGAUUAUCCCCAUCAGUUAAUGCAUAUUUGUCAGAGGCAUCAAGGCAUGAAAUAAGGCCUCAGGGAACACCAGAAAAUGGAUACAUGUGGAAUAGGGUUAGCCCUCAGCUAAGUUCUCCAAAUCAACCGUAUUCAUUGAGGGAAGCACUUGCUCAAGCGCAAUCUUCAAGAAUUGGGUCAACGGCCAGGGCAUUGAGAGAGUCUCUACAUCCAGUACUACGACAAAAGUUGGAACUUUGGGAAGAAAAUCUCAGCACUGCUGUGAGCCUGGAAGUGUUGGGAAUAACUGAUAAGUUUUCAGUUGCUGCGGGCACUCGUAGCAUCACUACUGAUUAUGCUAAGCUAGAUUGUAUAACAUCAAUCUUAAUGGGUCUUUUAUCUAGGAGCCAGCCCUUGGCCUUUUGGAAAGCUUUCCUUCCUGUGGUCUAUAAUAUAUUUAAUCUCCAUGGUGCAACACUUAUGGCAAGGGAGAAUGACCGCUUCUUGAAGCAGAUUGCUUUUCAUCUUUUGCGGCUUGCUGUUUUCCGAAAUGAUUCAAUUAGAAAAAGGGCUGUUGUUGGGCUGCAGAUUCUUGUUAGGAACUCAUUCAACUAUUUCAAGAACACUACAAGGCUGAGGGUCAUGUUGACAAUUACUUUGUCAGAAUUGAUGUCUGAUGUGCAAGUAACUCAGAUGAAAUCCGAUGGUUCUCUUGAAGAAAGUGGUGAAGCUCGUCGCCUUAGGAAAUCACUGGAGGAAAUGGCUGAUGUGAGAAGCAAGGAUCUGUUAAAAGAUUGCGGCCUCCCUGUUAAUGCGUUGGAGGCUGCUCCUGAAGGUUCAUCUGAUAAUAGGUGGUCCUGGGUAGAGGUGAAGCAUCUGUCUAAAUGUCUAGUCCAGGCCCUUGAUGCUGGUCUGGAGCAUGCCCUCUUGGGUUCUGUAGUAACUGUGGACAGGUAUGCGGCCGCUGAGGGUUUCUAUAAGCUAGCUAUGGCCUAUGCACCUGUUCCAGAUCUUCACAUUAUGUGGUUGCUGCACCUGUGUGAUGCACACCAGGAGAUGCAAUCAUGGGCUGAAGCAGCACAAUGUGCAGUUGGUGUAGCUGGUGUGAUCAUGCAGGCACUUGUUGGAAGGAAUGAUGCUGUGUGGAGCAAGGAGCAUGUUUCUUCGCUGCGUAAGAUUUGCCCUAUAGUGAGUGCUGACGUUUGUGCAGAAGCCUCUGCAGCUGAAGUUGAGGGAUAUGGUGCAUCCAAACUAACAGUGGAUUCAGCUGUCAAGUAUCUUCAACUUGCCAACAAACUCUUUGCACAAGCUGAACUCUACCAUUUUUGUGCAAGCAUCCAGGAACUCAUCAUUCCUGUGUAUAAAAGCAGAAGGUCUUAUGGACAGCUGGCCAAAUGCCAUACAUCACUCACAAACAUCUAUGAGUCAAUUCUUGAACAGGAAGCCAGUCCUAUACCAUUUAUUGAUGCCACAUACUACCGAGUUGGUUUCUAUGGUGAGCGUUUUGGCAAGCUCAAUAAAAAGGAGUAUGUGUUUAGAGAGCUGCGGGAUGUACGUCUUGGUGACAUUAUGGAGAAGCUUAGCCAUAUAUAUGAGGCUAAAAUGGAUGGCAAUCACACCUUACACAUCAUUCCAGACUCGAGACAAGUCAAUGCUGAUGAAUUGCAACCUGGUGUCUGCUAUUUACAGAUCACUGCUGUUGAUCCUGUGAGGGAGGAUGAGGACUUGGGUAGCAGGAGGGAAAGGAUCUUUUCUUUAUCUACUGGUACUGUACGUGCACGUGUGUUUGACCGUUUUCUUUUUGACACACCAUUCACAAAGAAUGGAAAAACACAAGGUGGCUUAGAAGACCAAUGGAAGAGACGCACAGUGCUUCAGACUGAGGGUUCAUUUCCUGCUUUGGUGAACCGCCUGCUAGUUACCAAAUCUGAAUCUCUAGAGUUCUCUCCUGUUGAGAAUGCGAUUGGAAUGAUCGAAACAAGAACAGCUGCAUUGAGAAAUGAACUAGAAGAACCACGGAGUUCUGAAGGCGAUCAACUACCAAGGCUUCAAAGCUUGCAAAGGAUACUCCAAGGAAGUGUGGCUGUUCAGGUCAACAGUGGAGUGUUAAGUGUGUGCACUGCAUUCUUAUCCGGUGAGCCUGCGACCAGGCUCCGAUCACAAGAACUGCAGCAGCUCAUCGCUGCAUUGCUUGAAUUCAUGGCUGUCUGCAAGCGCGCAAUCAGAGUGCAUUUCAGAUUGAUAGGCGAAGAAGACCAGGAAUUCCACACCCAACUCGUCAAUGGAUUCCAGUCACUCACUGCUGAGCUGUCUCACUAUAUCCCUGCUAUACUUUCAGAGCUAUGACAGUACUGUAGCAAUCUGGAAAUUAGGUAGCAUGUGAAUGGUUGUUCAUUCUUUCAGUCAAGAUCCCCACCAAAUGUCCAUAUUUCCAUUAGCUUUGGUUGUAUAGUUCUGAGAACUGGAAAUUAACUAGUCUUUGCAGUUCUGUACCGUUUCGUAGUACUGAGUCCCGAUUUUGGAGUGUAAAGCUGGCUAAUCCUUAGUGUUAUGUCUACGUCACCGUGUCUUUCGUUGCAGUUUGCCCGCUGUACUAGCAACGAGUGGACAUUUUGACCCCCGUUGUAUUUUGCUGGUCUUGUGGCGUGAUAUAUAUAAUGCUUGGUGAUUCUGUUGUCUCUU